CGUUUCACUGACAAGUGGGUGAUGGCCGCCUGACAUUUCACUUUCGUUGCGAUCUGCCGAAUUACUUCGCGUGCCUGCUAAUAUCGCUCUGGCGACGUGAACGUGCCGGUGAUGAGCGCAUGGUUGCUCGCUAAUUGAUUUAUUCGUCUUGAGUGAGCGACGGUAAACGGCUGUAUUUAUGCCUGAGAGAGACGUGGCUGGCGACAUGAUCAAGUCCGGGGAGGGCAAUAUGAGGCACAUUGACUAUCAACAGACAGUGCAGUUCAAUGGACAAGAAGAUCAGCAUUCUGUAGAAUUAUGUAGCACUGAUGUGACUAUUGUACCUUCUCCUGGUGAUCAUGAUCACGGUAGUUCAAAAGUAAAAUUAAAAAAUAUUGUUGAUUUUCAAUGGGAUCAUCACCUUUACACUGGUCAACUGUUGGCGGUUCAUGUAUCUGGAAAAUAUUUAGCCUAUGGUAUAAAAGUUGGUGCCGGUGGUGGGGUUGUUCGUGUUGUAUACAAGGAAUUAGAACAUAGAGCUCUGUUGCGAGGAAUGCGUGGUGCUAUUCAAGAUCUUGCAUUCGCUCACGUUUCAAAUGCAAUUCUAGCAUGUGUCGAUUAUACCGGAUCCCUUUUUAUACAUACAAUCGAGCCAACGCCAUCCGAAUUAUUAUGUAGUUUAGUAUUACAAGUAGACGCCGAGGAUGUUUCCCCGACUAGUCACCGAGUCAUUUGGUGCCCGUACAUCCCGGAGGAUGAUAUCUCAGAUGGAGAUGAAGUAUCAAAACUAUUAGUUUUAACUCGUGGUUCUAAGGUUGAAUUGUGGUCAGUCGCAGUAGUAGCAGCAAGAUUUCGAUCGAUAGAAGCAACAAACUCAGAUGUUAAAGAAAGUGGGGGUAUGAUGGAAAUUGAUCAGCACUCUGGAACAAUUAUCGAGGCGAUGCUUAGUCCAGAUGGAACUGCAUUAGCUACUGCUAGUACAGAUGGAGAAGUAAAGUUCUUCCAGGUCUUCAUGCAUAGCAAUUCUCAUGGGCAACCGCAACCGCGUUGUUUACAUCAAUGGAGGCCUCACAAUGGAAGACCUAUCUCAUGCCUAUUUUUCCUUGAUGAUCACAAAAACUAUCAACCCGAGGUUCAGUUUUGGAGGUUCGCUGUGACCGGCUGUGACAAUAAUUCGGAACUGAAAGUAUGGUCGUGCGAACUGUGGACUUGUUUGCAAACAAUCAAGUUCGCCCCGAAUCCUUCCACGGGCAAGAUGCCAGUAUUGAAAGCGGGUUUAGAUCUUAGUGCUGGAUAUCUAUUCUUAUCCGACAUAUACAAUAAAGUUUUAUAUAUACUGAGUCUUUCAAAGGACAAAGGUGAAGCGGUAGCAUGCGUGAGUACGGUGUCGGAGUUUCUCUUACCAUAUCCAAUUUUGAGUUUCGGAAUUGUUGAAGCCGACCAACGUAAAAUACGAACGACCGGUGAAUCUCUAGAAGAUCUGUGCGAAGAAAUCGAAGAGAAUGACGAACAUCUUGUCAUCUCCAUGUAUCUAGUCCAACCGAAGUCGUUGCAAGAAUGUAACAUUGCCUUCAAACCUGCUUCACAAGCGAGCAACUGUCGUAUCAACACUCACGAUUCGCUGGAUUAUCCCGAGGACUUACCAGACACUGUCAAUCACAAUGGCGUUUCCGGCGAAAAUUGCGAAGAAGAUCGUUCCUUAUCUGGCACAAUUGAAACGACGAUUAAUCAUAAUACCGGUGGCUUAAACCUGAUGACGCCUGACGCGUUCAGUUCGCCCGCGAAAAAGGAAAACAACGAAUUAGACUCUAAUCCCGGAAGCCCGGAGCUGGAGAAGGUGUUAUCCGGCAGUCCAUCUCUCGCGCAAGCAGUGCAAGCUCUUAACGCGUCCGAUCCGCAGAAAGAACUCGAGGAAAACGAUAUGGAAGAACAGGCCCCUGCUAGCUGCGGUAGCAGUCCAUCCAGAGAAGUAAGAGAAAUCUUAUCCCUUACUAAGCCAGAUGAAGAAACUGAAAUCGACAGCAAGCCGGAAAUGAAAACGAACGAAGAUUGGUCUAAUAUUCCUAUGGUUUUAUUCAAAGACGUGCAAGCGAUGCAAGAAUCGGAGGAGUUCGCCGAAGACGAUGAGACCAAUGUAGAAAGGCAGAACACGAACGACGAACCGAAGACGGCGUCCCUUUCGGGCAAUGACGCUGGAGCGUCUUGGCGAGCAAACGACCUCAACAAUAUCGAGAUGAACAACAAUUUGAAAUCUAUUUUAGAGAUCACUCAAGACCAGUAUCAAGAGCUGAAAGAGUUGCGCGCGGAGAUCGCUAGAUUGCGGCAGGAAUCGCCAGCAACCACGCGAUUAGAGUCCACGCUCGCGAGAAUGUCUCAGCAGCAAAACGCGACUCUGGAGCAAACUUUGUACAAUCAAAUGGCUCGUCAGCGUGAAUUCCUAAACACAUUUGAGACCGUGGUGAAAGAUAAGAUCGAAAACACCUUGCCGCGCACAAUCGAAGAGACGGUGAAACCUUUAAAACAGCAAAUGAGAUUAGACGCGAAUCAAAUGGACGAGCUCUUCCAGAAGAAUGUAACUGAAUUGAUAAGCAGUGCGCACGUGAAGGACGCUUUAGCUUUGACGGCUGCAAAUGCGGCUAAACCAGCCCUGGAUGCUGCCUUUAAAGAAGCGUUCACAACUGUCCUCCUGCCUGGCAUGGAAAAGAUGUACCAAGUUAUGUUCAAGCAAUUGCAGGAUACCUUUAUUAAGGGUACUCGCGAAUACUUGCAGCACAUCGACGCCGUCGUCGAUAAGCAGCUGAAGCGUCGCAAUGAACAGCUAAGUGAAGCGCUGUCAGCAUUAGUGCGUGAAGAAUUACAGACUGAAUUGAACAGAGUUUCAACAACAAUACAGGAUAAUUGCAUUCGUGCGGUUCGCGAUUCCAUACGGGAAAAUCUGAACCAGCAACUUACAGAGAUUUCUAGCGCACGAUCAAGAGCGACGACACCUGCUAUACCCGUAACCGCCGUAGCUGAUGCUCAAGCUCGUGUCAUGUCCCUUCUUCAAAGAGGUCAAUUCAAUGCCGCUUUUCAACAGGCUCUGAGCGCGAGCGAUUUAGGAUUGGUAGUACUAGUGUGUGAGAAAACAGAGCCUGCGAGAGUAUUUUCGUGUGCAGGAGCUCAGGGUCAAGGUACUAGAUGCAUCUUGCAGCAACCCGUGAUUCUUUCACUCGUACAGCAGCUAUCCGCUGAUUUAGGGCAUCGGACUGAACUGAAACACAGGUGGCUGGAAGAAGCAAUACUAAAUUUGGAUCCAAACGAUCCUGUGACACGAGAACAUAUGGGCACCGUAUUAGUGACCCUGCAAACUCAAUUAGCUACAUUUGUAACAAGCAAUCCGAAUCAUCGAUCGGCGCGCCGCAUGAAAAUGCUCGCUAUGGCUGCACGUGCAUUGUUAAAUCAGCAUCCUUGAUCGCCACAUUCGUGAGCUUAAAUAUAUAUAACAUAAGAUUUUAUAUGUUUUGUUUAAAGACUAGCUUUUCGUCUAAAAGCAAUAUUCAGAAAAGUCAUGUUUAAGACUGACAGUAAUUCAACUUGUAGAACAAAUACUGUGCGAAUAUUCCAUCAGUAUGUUCAUGCUACUUUAUUAAACAUUCGGAUUGGAUUUAAUUUUAUUGCAAGAUAUAUGUGUUUAAUAUGCGAUAAAUCGUUAUUAAUUUUUUAUGCGCUUAGAUUUCAAAAUUUUUUUAACAAUUUUUAUGUAAAUUUAAUUUGAUUCUAGACAAAAUUUAAAGAGGAAUGUUUUAAGUUUAGUAAUUUUCUUUAUUUGCUGUUUUAACGAUAUGUUAACAUCGUGAAAUCAACAAAUGUGUUAGGAAAUAUGCGUUACUAAUGCUUAUAACAGAAAUAUUUUUUUGUCUCGUGUUGUUAAAGUCUGCAUGAAGUUCUACAUUUACUUGAUGACUGUAAACCUGAAUUUUCAAAAUGUAAACUUAUAAACUGAUUGUAAAAUUACAAUAUUUCUUCUAAUUUCGUAAAAUUGUAUUUAAAUAAGACAAUGCAUAAAUUUCAUGACCCCUCUUACAUUAAAUGCGGAUCACAGUUAUAUGUAAGAUUAUAAAAGUUUUUAAUUAAAAUAUUUUUUGCUGAAUAAUCUUUUAGAAAUGAAAUUUUUUCCAUGAAGACAAAUUCUAUAUUUUUGUGACUAGCAAUUUGUGAAUUAGGACACAAAUAUCUACAUUGAAAUGAGUAACACCACAUGAUAAUUAUAAUAUUCAGUUAAAUGGCAAAGUAGAACUUGUCUUACUUAUAUGAUUGAAUUUAAAUAUUUAUACUUGAUAGAAAAAUUAUAGUGGCAGAUUUAUUCAUAAGCUAAUAAAGCUCAAUAAAUUUCAUGGAAAUGCUAAGGGGUUCUGAUGUAUUCAAAUAUAUAGUGUUUUUUAAAUUGACGUUUGCAGUUCAAUUUAUAUCAUGGUUAUUGUAAAAUAAUAAUUGUGUUAAUUGAAACUUGUUGAUAACAUUUUUUAUGUUUAUGCAUCUACUUUUUUUU